AUGGUGAACGUCAUGGAGUGGCAGAAGCAGCGUUGGCAACCGAACGGGAACGCGGAAAUGAUGUACGUCAAAGUGAUGACAGACGAACAACUCGAGACUCUUCGCAAACAGAUUGCCGUUUACGCAACAAUCUGCGAACGACUCAUCGAGAUGCACAAAACCAUCUCUUCUCACCAAGAUCUCGCUGGGAUUAGACUGGGAAAUAUGUACUGCGAUCCAUUGUUGGGGUCCGGUGGCCACAAAAUAGCUUCGAGGCAGAGGUGGACUCCGACGGCUAUGCAACUUCAAAUUCUGGAGCGGAUAUUUGAUCAGGGGACUGGGACUCCCAGCAAGGAAAAGAUCAAGGAGAUCGCUGCUGAGCUCAGCCACCAUGGCCAGAUUUCUGAGACUAAUGUGUAUAACUGGUUUCAGAACAGGAGGGCUCGUUCCAAAAGAAAGCAGCAGAAUGUGGCACCUGGUGUUAAUGCUGAAUCAGAAGUAGAGACCGAGGUUGAUUCCAAGGAUAAGAAGACAAAGGCAGACGAUUUUCAGUCCCAGCUCAGGGUUUCUACUGGGCCUUCUGAUAGUUUAGGCUUCCAGAACCAUGAUGAUCUGCAGUACCUGAAUGAGAAUCCAGAGUCCAACAAACCAGAUUCUGUGUUCCCGUCUGAUGGGGGUUUAAGAUCCACUAGAAAUUUCAACCAUGUAGCUGAUUUCGAUGGGCUGCUAUCGAACUCAGGGAGCGACUAUCUUACUGGAAAAAUGGAAGCCCAUGAGAACUAUGACUUAUACCAGCCAUCAGACGACUUCGACAUGGCAGGUUGA